ACAGGGUUUGGCUUGGCGGGUAGAAGCACUGUAGUAGAACAAACAUACAACGCCAGCUGAGCUACCACUGAAGCCGCGUUCGAAGUAGGCUCUCAGUUUACUGCACCAUGAGCGAAUUUCGGAUACAUCAUGACGUCAACGAGUUGCUUAGCCUCCUUCACGUGAGAGGAGGUGAUGGAGCAGAAGGAUACAUCGACCUUCUGCAGAAACACAGGACCCCCUAUGUGACCACGACAGUUUCCGCACACAGUGCAAAGGUUAAAAUAGCGGAGUAUUCCAAAACUCCAGAGGACUUUUUAAGGAAGUACGAUGAACUCAAGUCAAAAAACGUGCGCAACCUUGAUCCACUGGUUUACCUCCUGUCAAAGUUUACUGAAGACAAAGAGACACUUCAAUGUCUGCAGCAAAAUGCCAAAGAGAAGUCUGAGGCAUCAGCCAACGUAACAUCGAGCACCACCACAACAUUUGCCAUCCCGUCCACCAGCACCAAGAUGUCCAUGCAGGAACUGGAGGAGUUACGUAAGAAGCUUGGGAAUGUCACGGCCACCUCCACAGUUCCUCAGUCUGCUGAAGCCACACGGAAAAAUCUGAGGGACAAGCACAACAAGAAGAAUCCCACCCAACCAAAUCCUGUAUUUCCUAACUGGGUAUAUGACCGUCCUGCUCUGAUUGGGGACUUCAUCACCAGCUCAACACCGAUGGGAGACCCAGUUUUAGCCAUAGGUACCUUGCCCCUUGCUACUCAGGAGCAGGCACUGGUGGAGGAUCUGCUCUUUGUUUUGAUUGGUGUUGAUGGGCGUGACAUCACAGCACAGCCUGUGCUGGGGAGGCAGAAUCGCUCCUUCAUUGUCGACCCCACCCUCGACAUGUCAAUCAAAGAGCUGGUCAAUAGGAUAUUACCAGUCGCAUCGUACUACUCCACUUUAACACGUUUCACGGAGGAGAAGUCAUCUUUCGAGUACGGCCAGGUGAACCACGCCCUGACUGCUGCCAUGAGGACCCUGAUGAAGGAGUACCUGAUCCUGGUGACACAGCUGGAGCACCUUCACAGGCAGGGCAUGCUCUCCCUGCAGAAGCUGUGGUUCUACAUCCAGCCCACCAUGAGAACAAUGGAAAUCCUAGCCUCGAUCGCCUCCUCAGUGGACAAAGGAGACUGCAUGGGUGGGUCUACACUUAGUCUUCUUCACGACCGCACCUUUAACUACACGGGAGACAGCCAGGCCCAGGAACUGUGCCUCUACCUCACCAAAGCAGCGAGCGUCCCUUACUUUGAAAUACUGGAAAAGUGGAUCUACAGGGGGAUCAUUAAGGACCCAUACAGUGAAUUCAUGGUAGAGGAGCAUGAGUUGCAGAAGGAGAAGAUUCAGGAGGACUACAACGACAAGUAUUGGGAUCAACGAUACACCGUCGUGCAGCACAGAAUUCCAUCCUUCCUCCAGAAACUGGCAGACAAAAUAUUAAGCACAGGGAAAUACCUCAACGUGGUGAGAGAGUGUGGCCGUGACGUGACCUGUCCUGAUGCUAAGGAAGUCUUGUAUACUCUGAAGGAGAGAGCCUAUGUCGAGCAGAUCGAGAAGUCAUAUAACUACGCCAGCAAAGUCCUCCUGGACUUCCUGAUGGAAGAGAAGGAGCUAGUCUUGCGACUCAGUUCAAUCAAGCACUACUUCUUGAUGGACAAGGGAGAUUUCUUUGUCCACUUCAUGGACCUGACGGAGGAGGAGCUGAAGAAGCCGGUGGAUGACAUCGUUCCUCCACGACUGGAGGCCCUGCUGGAGUUGGCUCUCAGAAUGAGUACUGCAAACACAGACCCGUUCAAAGAUGACCUGAAGAUUGACCUGAUGCCUCAUGAUGUCAUCACCCAGUUGCUGCGUGUGCUGGCCAUAGAGACCAAGCAGGAGAAGGCCGUCAUCAACGCCGACCCCACCGACGUGACACUCAGCGGCCUGGAGGCUUUCUCCUUCGACUACAUAGUCAAGUGGCCACUGUCCCUCAUCAUCAACAGGAAAGCACUGACCAGAUACCAGAUGCUAUUCAGACACAUAUUUUACUGUAAGCAUGUUGAGAGGCUGUUGUGCAACGUUUGGAUCAGCAAUAAAGAUGCCAAGCAAUAUUCCUUACACUCAGCCAAGUGGUUUGCUGUAGCAUUUGCCCUUAGACAGCGCAUGCUGAACUUUGUCCAGAACAUCCAGUAUUACAUGAUGUUUGAAGUUAUAGAGCCCACAUGGCAUAUCAUGGAGAACAACCUGAAGUCUGCCUCCAACAUUGACGACGUGCUGUGUCACCACACCAGCUUCCUGGAUAACUGCCUGAAGGACUGCAUGCUGACUAACCCUGAGCUUCUCAAAAUCUUCUCCAAGCUCAUGUCAGUGUGUGUCAUGUUCACAAACCAAAUGCAGGCUUUCACUAACAGCAUGAGGCUGGACCGCCUGUCUCUGGAGCAUGGAGCCAUAAAAGGCCCACCUUCCCAGAGCGAACGUGCUCAGGACGCAGAGAAGAGGAAGCUCACAUCUAAGUUUGUAGCGGAGCACGUUCACGCGCUGCAGACUGACGCUGGCUUUGAGAACACCAUCAGCAAGUUCGACAGCAACUUCAGCACUCUGCUGCUCGACCUGCUGGACAAGCUCAGCAUCUACAGCACCAACGACUGUGAGCACAGCAUGAUCAACAUCAUCUACAGGUUGGAUUUUAAUGGAUUCUACACUGAUCGCCUGGAGAGGAUGGCCAUAGAGAGGAGUCAGAAAGCGGUGGCAUAGGGAAUAUUUAACUCAGUCUUAAUAAUGGUGAUCCAGUGAAAAUUCAUAUUUUUUUCACACCCUUAUCUUUCUCACAAACAUCUGCAUUAAGGGUGUUUAAUGCUUGAUUUAAGCUGGUUUUCCAUAUUGUUGUUUAUGAGGGAUGUUGUGUAUUCCCUUUUGAGGUAUUGUAUAUUGUAUAAAGUAUAAGACAACAACCAUGUUCAUGUACUUGUUAAUGUCAAAUAAAAAGUGUUACUCUUUG